AUGAGGGUUGAGUUGGAAGGAGGACGGAGUAGUGAAGUAGCUUUUUAUAUUGCGGAUAGUCGUGAAGAGGAAGUACUGCUUGGAAAUGCACUAGGCGAUUUGGGAGUUACCUUGACAAUUUCGCAGUCAAAACCAGAUGCCAGUGAGGCCGAAGGUGUGAAGCCCAACACAGUGAAGGUAGCAAAGAGGAUAUAUAUCCCACCUCACGGAUCUAGGGUAGUGUCGGCUCACUGUGAUGUUGGAGAACAAAUGACGGAGGGUGUCCUUUGGCCAACUAGAGGGUUGAGUUGUGGAGUUUUCAAAAUAAGGAAUCAGAAAGUUGAAAUACCAGUGGUAAAUCAUAGUGAGGAGCCUAUGAUUCUUGGACGAGGGGAGGAAAUUGGCCACUGGGGUACCGAGAAGUGGAAAGAAAAAUGGGAAGCCUUUAACCCAUGUGUGUUGGAGGAUACAGGGAAUAGGGCGGAUAGCCACGAACGUCGAGCGCUUUUAAUAGAGCAGCUCAGACAAAGCUCGAAUGCCAAGAGCUUAAGCGAGGAUAUUUUGGAGGUACUAGACGAAUUCCCAGAGGCUUUUUCCGUGUCAGAUACGGAACUCACGGGAACGGACAAGGUAGUGAUGGACAUAGACACAGGGGACAACAAGCCCAUCAAGAUGAAGACACGGCCUGUCCCAUUAGCAGUAAGAAAAAAGUUGAAGGAGCUGUUGGUUGACCUGCAAAAUCGUAAGAUCAUCGAAAAAAGCAGCUCAGAAUGGGCAUUUCCUAUAGUCCUAGUCGAAAAAAAGGAUGGAAGUUUGCGCCUGUGCGUAGAUUACAGAGAGCUCAAUAAGCAAGCUCAAGCAGCAAGAUCAAGCAAGAUUCGUUUAACAAAACGUGGCUUUUAUGAAAUCACAACAGUAGAUUCACUUCGAGAAACUCGUGGUCUAAGGUGCUCGUUCUCCAAGAUCGCCAUGUUGAAGAGUCCAAAGGCUCUAAAAGUUAUUCAUGAGGCUGUUCCGCAUAUAAGUGGCCAGACAUCGCCUCAACCCAUGACCUCUUUGUGGUUCCACGGCGUCAUCUGUGGAACCAAAAGA